CAACGUUUACUGUUUCAGUAGUGGUUGCGCCAGCCCUGGUUUCGAUUUGUUUUUACGCCUGGGCCCCGAAGGCAUUAAAUAGAAUUGUCAAUGUCGAUAGCUAGAGCUGCGCAGCCCCCGAAAGAUUGGAUAUAUCAUCAUCAUCAUCACCAUCGUUCCGUGGCCAGAUAGCCAGUGCUCCUUCGACAUCCCCGCCCCCUCCGUGCUUGUUUUGUUUCUAGUUUUAAGUUUUUAAGUGCUCGUAAUUUUGGUGUUUCUUUUUUCUUUUGUGUGUUGAUUACAUUGCACGGCUUAGAGACUAGUUAGAAAAGUUUAUACAAAUAUUUAGUAAUUAAUUCGACGAACGAACGAGCGAUGGCGGAAGACGCUACAUCUUCGGCCACGGAUGCGGCGGCUGCCCUGGAGACUUUCUACGAUUUUUCCAUCGUCCAGCCGCACCACCACGAACACGACGGCGAGGCUGAUAUACACUUAACGGGCAGCUCAAAUGACCUGUCCACGUUACAGAAUGUAUCCGCUGGCACUGCAACGACGACGAGGAGCAAGGGCCGUCUGGACAGUCUUAAGGAGAACAUGUUCAAGCAGCAGGAGCGCCUUACUGCCUUAAAGGAGCGCGCGCGGCAAUCACAGGACGACAGGCGGCGUCAUUACUCCAUGGAGACUUCGCUAGGACAGACCCAGUUGCCCAGUCGCCCCGUAGAUGCCUCCACACCCCUGGCCGCGUCCAGCAAGGAGAAGCACACGAUGGCCUCACCGGAUGUCUCUGGAUUCCAGAAUUCCAGCGGCAACGAGAAGCUCCUCAUGCUGACCCAACGCACGGAGCAGACCAGAGCUCUGAUAGAGCAGCGAAAACGAGAUAUGGCCAAGUCCCUGCUUUCAGUUAAGACGCUGGGCAUUGGCCCGAGGACUAACACUGGCAUGGGCACCGGCCCCGAACUGGGCUCUGGCUCCUCGAUGACGGACUUGAGGCAGGUGACGGCUACGCCCGUCUCUCGCCAUCGUUCCGCCUUGGACUUGGAGGCCCAGGGACGCCAUGAACCCGGAGCGCUGGACGAGAACCACGUAAAGAUGCUCAAGAGCCGCAUGAAGCUGACGGAGCUGAAGCAGAGCCGGCAAGAGCAGGAGCUGCAGGAACAACGCGCGGAGCUCACUCGCCGCGCCCACCUCAUUGAGCAAUUGGAGCUGUCCGGUGCCGAGCUGCAGCGCACCCUCACCCAGCGAAACGAAGAGCUUGAGCAGCUGCGGCUCAACCAGGAGCAGAAGCAGCCAGAGCAGGAAAACACCCUGCAGGAGCAGGAGAACUCCCGCCUGCAGGCAGAGGUCUUGGUGCUGAGAGAACGCCUGGCAGAGCUGGAGAACAUCAACGACCUGCUGGAGACGACACGCAGCGAGCUCCAGGAAGAGCUCAGCGCGGCUCGGGAGCGGGAGAGAGAGAGGGACAGAGAGAGGGAAAGAGAGAGGGAGACGCAGGCAGAGCAGGUCACCACCACGGACGCCCAGGUCAGCCAGGAGCUGGCCAAGCAGCUGCAAGAGCUCAGCCAUAAGCAGGCCGAGCUGCUUGCCGUCAACGAAGAGCUGCGGCAGGCGGCGGCCGCCCAACAGAAGCUACACAUCAGCGAUGCCAGUGUUGUCCAGCGGCUCGAAGAACUGGAGGCUACCAUAGCCGCCCAAACCGCGAAGAUGGCCGAACAGAGCGAAGAGCUGGCGGAGAAGACGACGGAACUCAAUGUACUGAAUGUCAACUUGCGCCUCCUCGAGGAUAAGCUGGCACAGAGCAGUCGCAAGAGCAAGCCACUCUUCCUCGACGAUCCGGCGGAGAAGAUGCCGGAGGAAGAACUGCAGCAGCUGAAGCAGAAGCUGGACGAGGCCAACAAGGCCAACAUCAAGCUGAAGCUCAAGUGCAAGCAGGCGGAGAAGAAUUUGCAGAAGCUGCAGUCCGAAGAGGGGCAGCAACAGCUCCUGCGGAAGCUCUCGGCGGAGAACGAGGAGCUGCAACAGCGGGUAACGGUGCUGGAGGAUGAGAAGGGCCAGUGGCAGCUGGCCAGCAUGGACAGGUCGCAGCAGGAAGAGCUGGCUGAUUUGCCGAAUUCCUCCCACCUCGAGGCCAUCCGCCUGUUGGAAGAGCAAAAACUGGAGCUCCAGCAGGCCUUGGAGGCCCUUCAGCAGGGCCACGAGUCCGCGCGGGUCGAGUCCGAGCUGAGCGAGGCCCAGCUGGAGGAGCAGCAGCUGACGCAGCGCGUCCAGCAGCUGGAGAGCGAGGCCCAGGAGCAGCGCCAGCAGCUGGAGACCCUGCAGAGCGAGAAGCAAACGCUGGACAAGAAGCUCUCGCAUUACAUUAGCGAGAACAUGGAGCUGCUUGACAAGCUGGAGAAGCUCAGCUCGUCCAGUUCCGCGGAGUCCAUAGAGAUUGUGGAGCGGCAGCAGCUGGAGGAGCAGGAGCAGCAGCAGCACCCAGAGGAGCAGGAUCCCGCAGUGCCCAGCCAGGUGAGCGAGCUGACCCAAACCGACCAGGACGAUCAGGAGACCCUCUCCCAGCUGAGGAAGCGCCUGGAGCUCUUCACCCAGGAGCGUGGCGAGGUCCUAGACAAGCUGGAGCACCUCUCCGCAGAGAAUGCCCAGCUGCAGCUUCGCCUGGACGAGAGCUCCACCUCCCUGCAGCUGCUCCAGCGCGAGAGAGACCGUGAGCGCGAGAAGGAUCUACUCUCAUCCACCUCAACCUCCUCGAAUCUCUCCCAGGAACUGAGCUCCCUGCAGCGCUCGUCGGAGGUGGUGGCCACCCUGGAUGCCGGGGACGCCGGCGGACCUGUCCUCUUAGACAAGUGCGAGAAGUCACUGAGCAAGCUCAACUCGGAGCUGGAGGCCUAUCGCCGGGCCAACGACCGGCAGGCCAAGUUCAAUGUAUCCAAGAAGCUGGCCAAGGAGGCCAAGAACUGUCACACGCAGCUCAGCGAGCUUCUGCACAAGGUCAAGGAAGCCAGCACGGCGGUGGAGACGGUGACUGUGGUAGAGACCGUGGUGGCGGUGACAGCGCCCAAUGGCAAGGCCCUGGCCGAGUACGAGCAGCUGACCGCCCAAAAUGCGGAGCUCAAGGCGGAGAUCUCCCGGCUGAGCAGGGAACUGGAGGAGCUAAGGGAGAGAGAGAGCUAUCCCGAGAGGGAGUCACUAAUGGCCAUAGAAGCCAGCACAAUGCAUCAGGAGGAGGACUUCUUGCAUCUGCAGUCCCUCCUGGAGGACUCCCGCAACGCCCAGACGGAGCAGCAGGAGGAGAUCCGAGAAUUGAGAGAAAGCCAGGCUCGUCUAAGGGAAGAGAUCACGCAACAUCAGCUGCAGGCCGUGGAAGCAAGCACAAUGCAUCAGGAGGAGGACUUCUUGCACCUGCAGUCUCUCCUGGAGGACUCCCGCAACGCCCAGACGGAGCAGCAGGAGGAGAUCCGAGAAUUGAGAGAAAGCCAAGCCUGUCUGAGGAACGAGAUCACGCAGCACCAGCAACAGGCCGAACAAUUCGAUCAGCAGCUGAAUGCCAAGGAAAUGAACCACGAGAAGCAACUGGAGCAGCUCACCCGCCUGCGACGGGAGCUGGAGUCGCGCAACGAGUCGCUGGAGGGUGAACUGAGCAUACUCCAGGCCUUGGUGGCCGAGCAAAAGCAGCAGCUUAUCGAGAACCUGAGCGAGAGCGAGCACAGUCUCAAUCUCAAGAUGCUGGAGCUGCAGGCGGCCCAAGAGGAGCUCAAGGAGCUGCGUGAGCUCAGGAGGAGCCAGGAGCAGGACCCCAGUCCCGAGCAGCUGCGAGAGGCUUUGAGGAUCAGCAAGAGCCUGGCCGCCCAGCAGGUGAGUGAGCUGGGAGCCCGCCAGGAGACCAUCGAUGCGCUGAACCAGCAGAUUCAGGAACUUUAUCAGGGCCUGGAGCAGACGCGCCAGGAGGAGCAGCACAAGAGCCGUGAGCUGCGGGAGAAGCUCAAGAAGUAUGCCCUUAAUCUCAAGAAGCGCGCCCAGGAGAACGCGGAACUGGAGGAGAAGGUAAGGGAACUACAGGAGAAGCAGCAGGAGCAGGAGCAGCAGCAGCAGCUAAAGGAACCCCCUGUGGAGGUGGAGCAAUUGCAGCAGCAGGUCAGCAAGCUCAGCAAAGAGCUCAAGGCCAAGAUCCACGUGAAUCUUGAGAAUCGUGAUGCCAUGCGUAACCUCCAACAGCAGCUCCAAGAGCAGGAGCAGCUGCUUGACCAGCGCCAGGCUGAGCUCCAGGAGGCCAGUCUCGAGAACAAGGAGCUGCGACGCGAACGCCAGGAGGCCGAGCAGGAGGUCUUCCAGAUGGGACAGGAGGUAGCCAGGCUCUCUGCGGAAGUAAAGAGCCUACAGCAGCAGCUAACCGAGCAGCAGCCCGCUCUGGAGGAUCUGCGACGCCAGCUGGAGUCCAAGUCCAUCAAGUUUGACAAGUCAAAGGAGCUGAUCAAGCACCGCAAUGCCACCAUCCAGUCGCUGCAGCGGGAACUCCAGCAGCUGCGUCAGAGCCACCCAGCCGCCGAGCAGCAAUUGGAGCAGCUUCGCGUGGAAAAGGAUGCCGAGAUCGCUGUCCUUCGCCAACAGACCUUGGAUGCAGCGAUACCCCCUACAGCGGCCACGGUGAGUGAGGAGGAGCACAACCAGCUGCGGGUUCAACUGACUGCCGCCCAGGAGCAGCACUCGCUGCUGGAUCAGCUGUACACCCGUGACAAGGCCAAUUUCGAGGCGACCAUCUCCCGGUUGAACACGAUCCACGAGGGCAUCCAGGCCAAGCUGCAGGAGGACGCCUCCUACAUUGAGUCACUGGAGGCGCAGAUUGCUGCCCUGCAGGCCAGGAGCUCAGUCCUCGAGGAGCAGGCCGCGAGUCAGGCCCAUCACCAGGCAGAGGCCGACGAAAGAGUGCAGAGCCUUCAGCAGGAGCUGAGGGAGCGAUGCGAGCAGGCUGAGCAGCAGCUCCAGCUGGACCAACAGCUGCAGCAGCGCCUCCAAGAGCUCAGCCAAAGGGAGGAGGAGCAACGUCACCAACUGGCGGAGUUUGGCGCCCGGGCCGAGGAAUCACGCGAGCAACUGGCAAGCCUGCGCGGUGAAUAUGGAGAGCUCCAAGCGAAACACGCCCAGCUGACAGCCAAGGCGCAGGCAGAGCGGGAGCAGCUGAGCCACCAUAGUCAGGAGGAGCUGGCCGACCUGCAGCAACAGCUGGCGGCGAAGGAGGCUGAACUGCAGCGCCAGCGCCAGGUGUACGAUGCCAAGCUGGCGGCCAAAACGACGGAGCUGGAUGAGAUAGAGUGUGAUCUAAGUAUGAACGCAGUGCGAGCCACCAACCUGCUGCAGCAGCUGGAGCGGACCGAGGAGCAACUGGCACAGCGUACGGAGGAACUGCAGCGCCAGAGCGAGGACAUGCAGGAGCUGGAGCGCGAGGUGAACUUGCUGAGGCUGCAGCAAGCCAGCUCAGAGCAGGAUGUCCUGGAGUUGCAAGAGUUGCGUAUGCAGGCCAUCCAGGAUAAGACAGAGGCGGACCACCUGCGGGCACAGAUCGAUGCGUUGUGCGCCAAUCACAGCCAGGAGCUGCAGGCCCUGCAACAGCAGAUCGCCGAGCUGGACACCCUGGGACAGAACCAAACCGACGAUCAGGUGUACAUCGAGACGGAGAACAAGCGGCUGACGGAACAGCUGAACGAGCUGCAGGCACAGCUGACCAGGCAGCUGCCUCUUCCAGCUCCCUCCUCGCUCUUCUUUGGCAACGAUGCCGCCCUGGCUGCUCCUUCACCGUUUGAUGAGCUUGUUGCCCAGCCUCUGAGGGUGGCUCCCAAUCAGGCCUCGCCCGCCAUGGAUGCCCCACCCACCAUUGAGGCACUGCAGCGAAACGUUUCUGACUUGGAAAAGCAUGCCCAGGAUCUGGAAACCAAGCUCUUGGCGCGCAAUCAAAGCCUGGCGGAGCAGGAGGAACGACGCAUGCAGCUGGAGCGGCGCCUCAAUGAGUUGGAGCUUCAGAUCAGAGAAAAGGAAGAUCAGGAGCGGCAGGCCGCGGUGGAAAGGCUUAUACAACCUGCUCAGGCUCCACCUGCAGUUGCUCCCACACUGGGCAUGUUCUUUGGCGAGACAACCACGGAGCUCGGACUGCCGCAGACAGAGCCCGUCGAGGAGCCACUUAUCCAGCCCAAAAAGGCCUAUUUAUGCCAGCCAAAGCCAGAACAGCAGCAACAGGCCAUCGAUUUCAGCUUAGAUGACGAUCCAUGGACCGAGGCGGCUCCCCUGGAGCCUCUGCAGGCCAGGAUAGCCCAACUGGAGCAGCAGCUGGCCACGGCCGAGCAGCAAAAGACGGAGCUGCAAACGAAAACCGCCAAGCUGAUGAAGCGCCUCAAGGAGUACAAGACAAAGGCCGCGACGACUCCCACUCCCGCUCCACUCGCCCUGGACAACGAUCUGGAUACGGCCAUUAUCGAGGAGCUGAAGCAUCAGUUGCAGCUCCACGAGUCCCGCCAGGCCAAGGCUGAGGAGCAGCUGCAGCAGCAUCUCCUGGAAAAGGAGAAGCUGGCGAAACGCAUCGAUGUCUUGACAGCGGGCAAUGAGCGGAUGGCAGAGCUCAAGGAGCGUCAGGAUAUGGAUGUGCAGAUGUAUCAGGCACGCAUACGAGAGCUUCAGGCAAAGGUCAGUCAACUGGAUCAGUGGGGAGAGGUCACCACCACAGCAGAGUCUGCACCGGCACCCGCAGCAGAUCCGGCCUCGGCUUCAGUGCCAAUUCCAGCUUCUUCAAGUUCUAUUCCCUCCAAAGAGCUGAAGAAUCUGCAGGAUGAGAAUCAGGAACUGAAUGCCGAAUGCCAGGAUCUACAGGAGCGACUGAAGGAGGAGCGUCGCCUGGUUUUGCUGGCGGAGGAAACGGCCGCCCAGUCGCAGGCUCAAUGGGAGCAGGUACAGGAGCAGCUGCGGGAGCGGGAACUGGAGAUACUGAAGCAGCAGCAGGCACAGGAGGUUGUCCAGCGGGAGCUGCAGGAUGAGCUGAGCCGGCUAAGGAACUGCCUUGCUGAGGCUCAGGCAGAAAUCGAGUACCUGAGAUCUAGCAAGGAGCAGAAGGAUCAGCAGCAGGAUAAGCAGAGCUCCCAGAGCCACCAGGUGGAGCAGGAGCAGAUGCGGAGUCUCCAAGCGGAGGUGGAGCGGCUAAGGGGCCUACAGAGCGAGGUGGAGCACUUGAGGGGCCUUCAGACUGAAGUGGAGCAGCUAAGGAGCCUGCAGAGCGAAGUGGAGCACUUGAGGGGCCUAAAAGCGGAGGUGGAACACCUGAGAAACCUUCAGGGCGAAGUGGAACACCUCCGAGCCCUGAAAGUCCAGCAGGAGAGCAGCCAGCAGGGCCUCCAAGCUGAGCUUCAGCAACUGCAGCUUCAGCUCGCACAACUAGAAGCUAAGCUCUCCCGCGACCAAGUCGAGUUGGAGGCACUGCGCCAUGGCGCAGCCACCAUGAGCCAUCAUGAGCACGAUGAGCAGAUGGCCCAGUUGCAGGAGAAGGAGUCGGAAAUUGUGCAUCUGAAGCAGCGCAUCGAGGAGCUGAUGCGCGAGGAUCAAACGGAGAAGCUGGUCUUUGAGAUUCUAACCAAAAACCAAGAGCUCCAGAUGCUGCGCAUGCAAAUCAAGCGACUGGAGGAGGACAGGGAGGAGGAGCAGUCACAGCCCGCUCCUCCUGCUGCCGACACCGAGCAGCUUCUCGCCCAGUGCCAGCAGCUGCAGCAGGAGAAGUCCGAUAUGGAAGAGGAGCUGCGUGUGCUCAACAAUCACGUCCUGAGCAGCCUGGAGCUGGAGGAUAAGAUGAAGCAGACACUGCUACAGCUGGACACGAAGAACAUAGAGAUCACCGAACUGCGACGUUCCCUAGAGGUGAUGCAGCAAGGCACCGCUUCCCAGCAACAGUUGCCUGAUCUAGCCACCAUCAAUCAGCGAUGGGAGCAGGUCGUGGAGGAAAAGUGUAGCGAGGUGGCCAGCAUUUGGCAGGAGCAUCUCGUCCAGCGGGAGGCGGCCUUCAAGGCGCAGCUGGAGGAGAUCAGCCAGCAGUCACAGUUGCAGACGCCGUCGCAGUCGCAGUCCCAGUCGAGUGUGGAGGCAACAGCAACCCCGCAAGCUGGCGACGACAUGAUGCUGAAGAUGCAAAAGGCGCUCGAAACACAGGAAAUGGAGAUUGUGACGCUCAAGGAGCAGCUGGCCAUACGGUCCGCGGAGUAUGCCCGCCUGGCCGCCCAGUACGAUCCCUUCCGGCUACAGAACCGUGCUGGUGGUGGUAGUGGCGGAAACACGGCACCCUCAGCCCAGGCAGGAGGACCACCGUCGCUGAGCAGCGGCGAACCCCUGCCCGAGUAUGUGCUGAAGGCGGAUCUGGACUAUGCUCUAAUGAUGCUCCAUCAGCGGGAUAUGCGCGUCGAGGAGAUGAUUUUGGAGCUGGUGCAGCUGCUCGAGGAGCGGGAUCAUCUGCAGCUGAAGCUAUCGGACACGCUACGUCAGCUGGAAACAGAAAGGAGCCGCGUCAGCGACGAAGCUUCGUCAGGCACUCCCAGUCAGCAGAGCAGCGCUGCGAGCAGCAGCGGCGCGGAAACGCAGCAGCAGAGCGUGGCAGCAUCCGCCGCCGGCAGGAGUGACCUGAAGCAAAAGCUGGCUGAGCUUCAGACGGUGAAGCAUUCCAAGGACAAGGCCAUCGUAGAUGAACGCGAGCAGCGUUUGCAGCAGAUGCUCCAGCUGCAAAAGGACAUGGCCAAGCAGGCAACCGGAGCGGGAGCGGGACCACAGCAAGUGCCUUCGCAACCGCCGCCAACCGUCGGCGUGGAUCUUAUCCAGCCCGCGCUCCGCUCGCCUUCGAUGAUGCUCAUGGACUGGAUAUUGGGCAGCAGCAGCAGCAACAAUAAUAGCGAGGGAGAGUCGGCGGCGGCUCAGCAGGACUAACCGUACCAAUCACUACUUAAAUCUUCAAUCUGGCCUUCCCUGCGUCGACUCCUUUUACGAUAUUAUGUACCUUGGCUAGCUAAAGAAUAUAAGAAACUAAGAAGAAAGCUCUUCCCCCGUUUUCCACUCCCGAAUACCAUUCAUCAAGCUGAAUUCCCAAUUUUAUGUUGUAGAUAUGUAAAAAUUGUAUAAAAAAGAAAACUAAAAAAAACAAAACGAAAUGAAACGAAGCCGAAGUUGAAGAUAAAACGGAAAUUAAGAAUAAAAGCCCAAAUAUGUUUACAGAUAUACAUAAAA